AUGCUGUGGGAAGCCGGCGGUGGAGCGACGGAGCCGUCGUCGAUGGCCUCGGCGGCGGCGGCCGCGGCGGCGGGGCGGAGGAAGCCGUCCUUGAGGGAGAGGGAGAACAAUCGGAGGAGGGAGAGGCGGAGGAGGGCGAUCGCGGCGAAGAUUUACGCGGGGCUGAGGGCGCAGGGGAAUUACAAUCUGCCCAAGCACUGCGACAAUAACGAGGUGCUCAAGGCUCUCUGCACCGAGGCCGGGUGGACCGUCGAGCCGGAUGGCACCACUUAUCGGAAGGGAUGCAAGCCACCAAGCCCAAUGGAAAUCGGAGGCUCCUCAAGAAACCCGAGCCCACCAUCCUCCUACUUCGCGAGCCCGAUUCCCUCCUACCAGCCCAGCCCAACCUCAUCCUCCUUCCCAAGCCCGACCCGUAACGACCCGAACCACCACCACUGCCAGCUCCCUUUUCUCCUCCCUCCCCUCCGUAUAUCUAACAGUGCUCCCGUCACUCCUCCCCUCUCAUCCCCGACCCGUAAGCCUCCGCCCUUCAGCCUCGAGGCCCUCGCCAGGCAGUCCAUGUCAGCACUCAACAUCCCCUUCUUCGCAGCAGCCUCCGAACCCGCCAGCCCGGGACGUGGGCCCCGGUUUGGGCCUGCGACUAUACCGGAGUGCGACGAGUCGGACGGGUCGACUGUUGAUUCUGGACGGUGGAUCAGUUUCCGGGCCCAUGCUGGGCCCGGGAUUCCUCCGAGGAGCCCAACGUUCAGCCUUGUGGCUCGGCCGCGCGGGCCGGGCCCGGAGGACGAUGCCAUGGCGGUGGAUGAAGGGAAAGGGAAGGGGCCGGAGUUCGGUUUCGAUGGGGUGUUUGGUGGUGGGGCGGUUAAGCCGUGGGAAGGGGAGAGGAUUCACGAGGUGGGGAUGGACGAGCUCGAGCUCACGCUCGGGAGCGGGGCAAGUGCUCGUUGA